ACGAAGUCUGGGCUGGCCCGGGCUCUCGUGGGCUCACUCGCUCUAGGGAACCGGCACCAUGGCGUCGGGCUGCAAGAUCGGCCCGUCCAUCCUCAACAGCGACCUGGCCAACCUGGGGGCCGAGUGCCUGCGCAUGCUGGACUCGGGGGCCGACUACCUGCACCUGGAUGUAAUGGACGGGCAUUUUGUUCCCAAUAUCACUUUUGGUCAUCCUGUGGUUGAAAGCCUCCGAAAGCAGUUAGGCCAGGACCCUUUCUUUGAUAUGCACAUGAUGGUGUCUAGGCCAGAACAGUGGGUAAAGCCAAUGGCCGUGGCAGGUGCUAAUCAAUAUACCUUUCAUCUUGAGGCAACGGAGAACCCGGGGGCUUUGAUUAAAGACAUCCGGGAGAAUGGGAUGAAGGUCGGCCUUGCCAUCAAGCCAGGAACGACAGUUGAAUAUUUGGCCCCAUGGGCUAAUCAAAUAGAUAUGGCUUUGGUAAUGACCGUAGAACCUGGGUUUGGAGGGCAAAAAUUCAUGGAAGAUAUGAUGCCCAAGGUUCACUGGUUGAGGACCCAGUUCCCAACUUUGGAUAUAGAGGUCGAUGGUGGAGUAGGUCCUGACACUGUUCAGAAAUGUGCGGAGGCAGGAGCUAACAUGAUUGUGUCUGGCAGUGCCAUCAUGAAGAGUGACGACCCCAGAUCUGUUAUCAACUUACUAAGAAAUGUCUGUUCAGAAGCUGCUCAGAAACGUUCUCUUGAUCGAUGAAGCCACAGGAACCCGGGUUCUGCUCACGAAAUCUUUUUUAUUGGAAAAGAGGAAUAUUAACUACCAAAUCACAUUGAAUCGAAGCAGUGCUGCAUUCCAGUGAUUAAAUUCAAUUGUGCAGGAUGUUCAAGAGGUUAGAAAUAACUACCUUUUUAGUGAUGCCAUUUAGAGAUUAGCGUGGUGAAAUAUUCAUGUUUAUAUUGGGAGAAUGAUUUUUGUAAAGAGUGAAAAUAUGGUUUAAGAUUAGACAGAAAUGUGUCUUAAUGCCUAAAGAGGAAAAUUAGCUACUAUGAAAACCAUUUUUCUGUAUUUUUAAAAAGAAUGUUCUGUUGUUUCUUGGUUUAUCCCUAAAGCAAAUGACAGCCA